GGGGGGGCGGUCGCACACAGAAGACGGCGACCCACCCCGCCCGCCCACCCACCCACCCUGCUGCUGGGCGUGCUGGAGGCGGCUGGGCUCCAGGGGCCCCGAUCCAGGCUCUGGCGCUUGGUUCUGUUCCUUAGGAUGCAACUCUGAUCUCAGAAGUCACACCACAAGAAGAGGACAUAUGGUGUCUCAUCAAACAUGUUCCCCCAAAACCGUCCCCCGGCUCACCUGCAGGCUCCUCCUGUUGCUACUGCGGCAGCUGCUGUCGCUGCCGCCGCAGCCAGUGUAGUUUCAACCACCCCACAGUCCUUGAAGCUGACGUACCCAGAGAUCUUGGAUCGCAUCAAAGAAGAAUUUCAGUUCCUGCAGAACCAAUAUCACAGCUUGAAGCUCGAAUGUGAAAAGUUGGCAACGGAAAAGACGGAAAUCCAGCGGCAUUAUGUCAUGUAUUAUGAAAUGUCCUAUGGUCUGAACAUCGAAAUGCACAAACAGACGGAGAUUGCCAAGCGGCUCAAUGUCAUUUGUGCGCAGCUCAUCCCCUUCCUGUCCCAAGAGCAUCAGCAGCAGGUGGUUCAAGCCGUGGAACGUGCCAAGCAGGUGACUAUGGCAGAACUGAACGUGGCAAUCGGGCACCAGAUUCAGGCCCAGCACCUCUCCCAUCAUGCACCCCCCAUUCCGCUGACACCUCACCCCUCCAGCGUGCAGUCGGCAAGUCUGGCUACCAUCAGCAGUGCUUCCGGACUCUUGGCGCUCUCCGGGGCACUGGGGGCUCAGGCCCAGCUUGUCCCGAAGGAUGAUCGAGGACUUCAUGAUGCAGAGCACAGAGGUAUGGGACAGAUGCUUAGUUCAUUAGCCUUGUCCAACGGAGAAAGGAUGCGGGCCAUUUCGGACUAUCUGACUGGUGGCAAAAAGAGGAAGUCUGAGGAGAAGGAUUACGGCACAGACUAUGGGAGCGAUGGAGAGAAGAGUGACGAUAGCCUUGUGGUGGAUGAGGACCCCUCUUCCCCCCGCAGCGUCCACUCCUUCUCCUCCCGAGAGAACGGAGUGGACAAAGUGUCCCUGCAGCGGAAGGAGCCCGUUCAGCUCAGCCCCACCUCCAUGGCUUCCUCCAGCAGUGCCUCCCCGCCACGGAUUGCCAAGGAUGUGGCCAUAGUGGAGAAGGAUGGUACCCCAGGCUUGAAAUCAAGCACCCCAACCUCCCAAGGCGAAGGGAUGGGCGCAGGUUCCAGCAGCAGCAGCACCCCGCAGCUCCGCCCAGGCGUGGCCAAGCAGACGGUGGAAUCGCUUGCACUCGGCCUGCGAAACCCGCUUGCUCUCCAAGGCACCUAUCCAGCUACCUUCAAUGUAACCCACGCAUCUGUCAAUGGAGAAAUAGCCAGUGCUGGGGCUUACGCUGGACUGCAUCUCGUGGCUCCCCAGAUUAAUGGGGCGGCUGUUGUGGGGGCUGGCACUUACGGACGCUCCCCACUGGUUACCUAUGAUCCCCAUUCACACUUGCGGGUUCCAGGACUCUCUACAGGGAUGCAGGCCGGAACGUCUUCAGGGAAACCUGCCUACUCCUUCCACGUGAGUGCCGACGGUCAAAUGCAGCCAGUCCCCUUCCCCCCUGAUGCCCUCAUCGGCUCCGGCAUCCCACGACACGCGCGCCAGCUCCACACGUUGACCCACGGUGAGGUGGUCUGCGCCGUGACCAUCAGCAACUCCACCCAGCAUGUCUACACGGGAGGGAAGGGCUGUGUCAAGGUGUGGGACGUGGGGCAGCCUGGAGCCAAGACACCUGUCGCGCAGUUGGACUGCCUGAAUCGUGAGAACUACAUCCGGUCCUGCAAGCUUCUCCCCGACAGCCGGAGCCUCAUUGUGGGUGGGGAGGCCAGCACCCUCUCCAUCUGGGACCUGGCAUCUCCCACCCCCCGGAUCAAGGCCGAGCUGACCUCCUCCGCCCCGGCCUGCUACGCCCUGGCCAUCAGCCCCGACGCCAAGGUCUGCUUCUCCUGCUGCAGUGAUGGGAACAUUGUGGUGUGGGACCUGCAGAACCAGACGCUGGUUAGACAGUUCCAGGGUCACACAGAUGGCGCCAGCUGCAUCGACAUCUCCAAUGAUGGCACCAAGCUCUGGACAGGGGGGCUGGACAACACUGUCCGGUGCUGGGAUCUGAGGGAAGGCCGGCAGCUUCAGCAGCAUGACUUCAGCUCCCAGAUCUUCUCCCUGGGCUACUGUCCCACAGGUGAAUGGUUGGCUGUUGGGAUGGAGAGCAGCAAUGUAGAAAUAUUGCAUGUAUCGAAGCCCGAGAAGUACCAGCUCCACCUUCAUGAGAGUUGCGUCUUGUCCCUCAAAUUUGCCUCCUGCGGGAAAUGGUUUGUCAGUACGGGAAAGGAUAACCUCUUGAAUGCGUGGAGAACCCCGUAUGGAGCCAGUAUAUUCCAGUCUAAGGAGUCCUCCUCCGUCCUCAGCUGUGAUGUUUCAAUGGACGACCAGUUCAUCGUCACAGGCUCCGGGGACAAGAAAGCUUCCGUGUAUGAGGUCAUCUACUGAAGAAGGGCGGCCGCCUUGUCAGGAAUCCUUCCUGGGACAGGAGCUAAUCACUCUCUCCCCAGUUUCCAGCCAAAGAAUAAAGCUUGCAGGAACUUGGCCGGUGAGAACGGGGCAGCCCCAACUCCACCCCAGGCUGAGCACCCUCCUUUUACCCCGGAGAGGGAGAGAAAGCACUCGUUGCAGAACAAAACAAAAAGGACUGCUGCUGCUGCUGCUGUUUUGUUUCUCCCUGUCUUUUGUUUUCGUUUUCCUCGGGAGCAUUUUCAUCUUUGGGGGGACUGUUUUUUUGUGUGUUGAUUUUUUUUUAAAAGCUCUGGCCAAUAAAAAAGGGAAAGGGGUUAGUUGUGAUGGAAAGGUACCAUUGCAGUGUGGGGUUUUUUUGCUUUGACAGGUGUAUUUAAUUUUUUAAAAGUCCGCCGCAGCUAUGACUCUCACAGGAGGAGAUUUUUUUUAAAAGAGUUUCCGGUGUGAGGCAGCCAAGCGUUCGGUUCUUAGAAGAAAGGUCUGAAAAGGAGGGGGAAGCAGGCUGGGAAAAAGAGCUGGCUGGAGUCUUAGCCCUGAGAGCUGUCCCCACAGGCCUGCUGUUCCCCUUCAUCUGGGGCUUUAUUUCUCCUAGGAGAGUUUUCUAAACAUUUUGAAAAGAUUAUGUCUUUCUUUUUAAAAAUGGGAAAAGACCAAGUGAGGAGACUCAGAAUCCAGCAACUAAUUAAAAAAGGGGAGAAACAUAUAAACAAAUAUUAUAUCUUUGGGGGCAGAUCUACACAUAAGGUUCUGUGAAUGGUUUCUAAAUAUCUUACAAUUCACCCAUACACAAUUGUCAUCUACAUGCCAUGUCCUCAAACGCUGAUGAAAUUGCAGGGUGCUAGGUUCACUGAGUGUCAGGAGGCGGGCAUUUCUAUCUCCAGUGCUCUGAUACAAGUCUUUUAGCUGCAGGCAAGGCACAGAGGGUCUGUGGCAAUUGACCAUUAGUUAGACUCCAAGAGAUGGGCAGCUAGUUUAAAAUCUCUUAAGAACAUUGCUGUUGAGGAGGAAAACUGCCUGCUUACAACAGCUCGGAGACCCCACUGAGGUAUAGUGCCAAGAAAUGGGUGAUUGGUUCAUGCUAGACCCUAGAUUCCUCUCCUGUAAACAGACAAUCCUUAAUGCAAUUAAAGAUUCUUUUUGUGUUCGCUUU